CGGGUCCUCCGCCACUGAGCACGCUUGCUUUUUGCUUUCCCUGCUUUCCCUCCUCCCACCCGGGAAACCGGAAGCCGCGUCUCACUCGGUGACUCCUAAGCGGCUAGCGGGUCUUGGGUAUCCGCUGGCUCUGCGCCGCGGUGCUCGGCGGGACGCCGGCGGAGAGCGACCUCGGGGUUAAGGGGUGGCGCUGGACGUCAGAGCCAAAAUGGCGGCGGUGGUCGGAGUCUCCUUGAGGCGACGUUUCCCGGCCACAGCCCUUGGCGGAGCCUGCCUGCAGGUGAGCUCCGGGGUCGCGGAGAGAGGGCAGGCCUGCCGAGGGGCCCAGACAGCUGCAGCCGCAGCUCCCCGAAUCAAGAAAUUUGCCAUCUACCGGUGGGACCCAGACAAGACUGGAGAUAAACCUCAUAUGCAAACUUAUGAGAUUGAUUUGAAUAAAUGUGGUCCUAUGGUGUUGGAUGCUUUAAUCAAGAUUAAGAAUGAAAUUGAUUCUACCUUGACCUUCCGACGAUCAUGCAGAGAAGGUAUCUGUGGCUCCUGUGCAAUGAACAUCAAUGGGGGCAACACUCUCGCUUGCACCCGAAGGAUUGACACCAACCUCAGCAAAGUCUCAAAAAUCUACCCUCUUCCACAUAUGUAUGUGAUAAAGGACCUUGUUCCUGAUUUGAGCAACUUCUAUGCUCAGUACAAAUCCAUUGAGCCUUAUUUGAAGAAGAAGGAUGAAUCCCAGGAAGGCAAGCAGCAGUACCUGCAGUCCAUAGAAGAUCGGGAGAAACUGGAUGGGCUGUAUGAGUGCAUUCUCUGUGCCUGCUGCAGCACCAGCUGCCCGAGCUACUGGUGGAAUGGAGACAAAUAUUUGGGGCCUGCAGUUCUUAUGCAGGCCUAUCGCUGGAUGAUCGACUCCAGAGACGACUUCACAGAGGAGCGUCUGGCCAAGCUGCAGGACCCGUUCUCUCUGUACCGCUGCCACACCAUCAUGAACUGCACACAGACCUGUCCCAAGGGGCUGAAUCCAGGCAAAGCUAUUGCCGAAAUCAAGAAAAUGAUGGCAGCCUACAAGGAGAAGAAAGCUGCAGCUUAACUGUUCUCAUGCUAAACUUGAUGCAUAGCCAGCUCAGCUGAACAUAAUUUAUAUCUAAUUUGAGUUCCUUCAAAGUUCUUGAUUUUCCAUGAAUAUAGCAUGUAUAAUAAAACUUAUAAGAAA